UCCGCACGUGGGCGCAGCUUCCGGCGGCUCCGCGCAGCAUGUUCGGAGGGCGGGACAGUCCUUUCUUCCUGGACACUUCCGACAUUUGGUGGCAACGCCCACUGUCCCUGGAAGCAGAGGAGGUGUCCUGGGACGUGACAGAGAUGGCAGCUUUGUGUAAGGCAGCAGAUGACAACUCAGACCUGAGCCACCUGGAGGAGAACAGCAAGGAGGAGUUGGCUGUGCCGGACCCGGAGCUGGAAGCCAUCAAAGCCAAAUUGCAGGAGAUUGAGAAGGAGGACGAGAAGCUGAAGGAGUUGCAGCUGGAAGCUGAGAGCCACCUGUUUAUGAGCUCAGAGGCAGGUCUCUUCCCAAAGACAGCCAAGGAGAAGGUGGAAGCUGACCAGCGAUCCAUUUACGUGGGCAAUGUGGAUUAUGGGGGUACGGCAGAGGAGCUGGAGUCUCACUUCAACAGCUGUGGGCAGAUCAACCGGGUCACCAUCCUCUGUGACAAGUUCUCGGGGCACCCCAAAGGGUACGCCUACAUCGAGUUCGAGGAGAAGAGCUCUGUGAAGGCUGCGGUGGAGCUGGACGAGAGCACCUUCAGGGGACGGGUCAUUAAGGUGCUUCCCAAGAGGACCAACAUGCCCGGCAUCAGCACCACUGACCGUGGGGGCUACCGGGGCCACUACCAAGGCCGGUGGGGAGGCUACUAUGGAGGGCAGCACCCCAGGGUGCGAGGGAGAAUAUACAGGGGUCGGGCAAGGCUGCUGCCUUGGUAUUUUCCAUACUAGAGAGGACUGGACUGCCCUGGUGAUGCCAACGGGACUGAAAAGAGAUUGGGCGAGAUUUAAAAAAUGCCUACCCAAGCCAAAAACCAGAUUAAUUUAAAAAAUGCCAUCUGCCUGGCUGUGAGGAUUUACUGGUGAGCCCUGUGCCAGGCUGUGGGAGGGAAGAUGGAAUCUGAACCCUCCUGCCAGAAUCCCAGGAGGGGGCUCAUCUCACCUCAGCUCUGCUCAGGGGACUGUGUUUGCAUCGAGAACAGGCUCAUUCCAGAGAACACUGUCCUGGGAAGGGAAGAGCUCUCCCAGACCGUUGUCUCCUUCUCAUCCCAUGGA